AUGAAAGAGGAAGGUGGAAAGCAGCCGCUUAGACUGGUGCUGGUCGGCCUUCAGGGCGUCGGGAAGAGCGCAGCAGGAAACACCAUCCUGGGCGGUGAAGUGUUUCAGUCUGACAUCAGCUCCAGUGCUCUUACAGUCAAGACUGAACACAGGGAAGGUCAGAUUUGUGGAAGAAGUGUGAUGGUGGUUGACACUCCAGGGCUCUUCAACACCGUGUUAUCAGAUACAGAGAUGAAGCAGGAGAUGGACAAAGCACUGACGCUCUGCCAGCCAGGACCCCACAUCUUCCUCAUCGUCAUCCAGCUGGGACGCUUCACCGAGCUGGAGAGAAAAGUCACGGAUGAGCUGAACGGAUUCUUGGACUCGAAUGUGAACGUGUUUUCGAUGGUCCUCUUUACUUAUGGAGACAAACUUAAAAACAAAACAAUAGACCAGUUUGUGAAAGAGGACAAGAACUUACAGAGACUGAUUGGCAGGUGUAGUGGACAGUAUCAUGUGUUCAAUAAUAUUGAUUCAGAAAAUAAAAGCCAGGUCAGCGAGCUUCUGGACAAAAUAGACGUCCAGGUCAAGAAAAGGAAAAGGCAGCUGUUUUACGUUAAAGGUGUAAACAAAUGGCAGUAUUCAUGGACAACAAUCAUCUACAUUGUUGUGCCUAUUGUAAUACCCCUAGCAAUAGCAGUUAUAAUGGCAAACAACAGGGCCCCUUCGCUAGAUAAACCAGUGGAGAACGUCGUCACUAGUGAAGUGACUGAGAAGGUUUUAGAGUCAGUUCCUGACCAACCUGAGGAGCUUCUGGAAAAAAUGCACGACCAACUUGCUUCCCAUGAAGAGCUCAGAAUAGUUCUUUUGGGAAAGACUGGGGUCGGGAAGAGCUCUGCUGGAAACACCAUUCUGGGUGCAGAAGUCUUCAAAUGUGAUCUAGCAGCAUCUUCAGUGACAUCAUUCUGCUUUAAGGAUUUUAGACAAGUCAAUGGGAGAAAAGUUACAGUGAUCGACACACCAGGCCUGUUUGACCCAAGUUUUACAGUAGAGGAGAUGAUAACCAGAAUCAAGAUGUGCAUCCCGCGUUCUGCUCCUGGUCCACACGUCUUCCUGAUCGUGGUUCAGCCGGGAAGAUUCACUCAGGAAGACAACACGACCGUGGAAAUCUUUUUACGGAUGUUCGGGGAAGACGCCAGCAGACACACCAUGAUCCUGUUCACCCAUGGAGACAAGCUGGUCAACAAAAACAUCCAAGAUUUUGUUAGUCAGAACUCAGACCUCGAGCGAGUCUUCAGGAAGAGCAAUCAGCGACACCACGUUUUUGACAACGAGGUGAAGGAGCCCACACAGGUGAACCGGCUUUUAGAAAAGAUCGAUAAGCUGGUGUUUGAUAACGGAGGACGAUUUUAUACCAAUGACAUGCUGCUGGAGGCAGAGCAAGCGAUUGAAGAGGAGAUGGAGCGAAUCCUAAAGCAAAAUGAAGAGCAGAGACGCCUGCAGUUGGAGGUUCUAAAACAGGAAGCUCUGUGUGAAGCGACCAAGGAGCUGUUAGAAAGACAACAGCGAGAGGCAAGAGAGCAAGCGGAGAAAAAUAACCAGUAUCUCAACACGAUCGCACAGAUUUUGUGGAACCUUCUUGAGAAUUUUAUCACAAAGAAAUUAGACGACAACUUCUCCACACUAAACAUGAGCGCACUGGAACCUGAGAAAGUUCACGAACUGAGGAUCGUCCUGGUGGGAAAGACUGGAGUUGGAAAAAGUGCUGUAGGAAACACCAUCCUGAGAAAAGAAGAAUUUAUAUCUGAGCUGUCGAGCUCCUCUGUGACCGCAUACUGUGAUAAAGCCAGAGGGAUUGUUAAUGGCAGAAGAGUUGCUGUAAUUGAUACUCCAGGCCUUUUCGACACCAAUUUAGGAAAUGACGAAAUAGUGCAAAGGAUCAAGUCAUGUAUAUUUCUGUGUGCACCAGGACCUCAUGUGUUCUUAGUGGUCUUGCAAAUUGGCAGAUUCACACAAGAAGAGGUAAAAACUGUCGAGAUCAUUCAACAGAUAUUUGGUGAAGAUUCCUCACAAUAUACCAUGGUGCUUUUUACACAUGGAGAUAGGUUACAGGAAAGCAAGAAGACCAUUCAUCAAUUUGUGUGCGAAAAUGAUGACUUAAUGAAAAUUACUCGGCUCACUAAAGGACGAUACCACGUAUUCAGCAGCGGUAAGGAUCCAACACAAGUUAGCGAGUUGUUUGAACGGAUAGAUGAACUGGUUAGUGGAAAUGGUGGACAACACUACACAAACAGUCUUCUGCAGGAAGCUGAGGAAAUUAUUAGAAAGGAACAAGAACGACUUCAAAGGGAAAGUCACCUGAACGCCAAGCAAGCGAGAGAAAAAGCAGAACGAAGUAACACAUACUGGAAAGCUGGCAUUGGGAUAGCUACUGCAGUCACUGGAGUCCUUGGGGAUCUCAAGCUGCUCAAUGCUGGGUUGUGGGCACAGAUCCCAUUAGAGGAUGUCGGCCCUCAUGCCACCCUCAUGGAGGCUGUUUCUGAGAUUCCUUUGAGUGAGGAGAGUACAAGUGAACUCAGGAUUGUCCUGGUGGGAAAGACUGGAGUUGGAAAAAGUGCCGCAGGAAACACCAUCCUGGGAAGAGAUGCAUUUGACUCUGAGCUGUCAUGCUCUUCUGUGACCACAGACUGUAAUAAAGCCAGAGGGUUUGUCAAUGGCAGAAGAGUUGCUAUAAUUGAUACUCCAGGCCUUUUUGACACCAACUUAACAAAUGAUGAAAUAGCAAAAAAGAUCAAGUCAUGCAUAUUUCUGUGUGCACCAGGACCUCAUGUGUUCUUAGUGGUCCUGCAACUUGGCAGAUUUACACAAGAAGAGGUGGAUACUGUGAAGAUCAUUCAACAGAUAUUUGGUGAACAUUCCUCACAAUACACCAUGGUGCUAUUUACACAUGGAGAUAGUUUAAAGAAGAAGACCAUUCAUCAAUUUGUGCGUGGAAAUUCAAAAUUGAUGGAAAUUAUUCAGCGCACCAAAGGACGAUAUCACGUAUUCAACAACAACGUUAAGGAUCCAAAGCAAGUUAGCAGGUUGCUUGAAAUGAUGGAGCAACUGUUUAAUGGAAAUGGUGGACAGCACUACACAAACAAUCUUCUGCAGGAAGCUGAGGAAAUUAUUAGAAAGGAACAAGAACGACUUCAAAGGGAAAGUCACCUGGAUGCCAAGCAAGCAAGAGAAGAAGCAGAACAAAGCAGCACAUACCUGAAAGCUGCUACUGGUGUUGGGAUAGCUACUGCAGUCGCUGGUGUAGCUGCAGCUGCUGCUGUUAAAGGAUACUGCACAAUACAGUAA